GAAGCUUAAAGGGGAAGCUAAUCCCGACUUCAUUAUCCACCAAACAACCACUAACAAAUAGCCACCACCGAAUAUUACCAACUAAUCAUGACGUCAGCCACCAAUUCUAGAGUCCUGGGGUCACAUGAGAUACGGCAUACCACGCCCAUUAGCCGUAACAAUAAUACCAAUAACAAUAAUACCAAUAAUACCAAUAGUACCAUUACCAAUAGUACCAGUACCAGUACUAAUAAUAGCAAUACCAAUUAUACACCAUCCCUAAAGUGGAUCCCUCAGAUAAGAGCACUACCGUCCAAACCCAAUGAUUCAUUACAAUUAGAGUAUAUAGUCAGUAAUCUUGACAAUUCACGGAAGUUGAUAGGCCACGUAGAAGAUUUUACUCGUAGUGGAGAAGAAUACGUAGGUAUAGUGGACGAAAGAGUUAAUGGAGCAUUAAUUCGAUUAAAUCAGGUUAAAUAUGAAUUAGACUGGGUAGAUGAUUUAUAGAUUGGCAUAUAUUAUGUAAAUAGAAUAAAGGAAUAUAGUAAUAAACAGGUUCUAUUAAGAGACCGAAAUGA